UCUCUCUCUCUCUCUCUCUCUCUCUCUCUCUCUCUGUUUUUAUAUAACAAGUGGUCUCUCACAUUGACCUCUUUGUAUUCUCAUAUAAUUCGUCACCCAUAUAUAUAUAUAUAUAUAUUCAGUUUUAGUUUUAGAAUCAGAAAGAGAUCUAUACAUCUCUCUGUUGUAUGAAGCUCAAGAACAAUGGGUGAAGGUAGCCUCAAGAAAAGCAAGCUUUCAUGGCCGAAAACAUUGGUCAAGAAAUGGCUAAACAUCAAGAGCAAAUUAGAAGACUUUCACGCUGACGACUUGUUCGACAGAGGAGGUGAAGGUGGAGGAGAUAGGAGGAACAAUGUCAUUGAAAGAGAAAUUGAGACGACUCAUCCACGCAAGAGGAAUAGCGGAAGAGCCAGACGACGAAACAAACCCGAAUUCGAUCCACCACUUCCACUUGAUCAUCAUCUUCUUAGGGUAUUUACUGCUACAUGGAAUGUCGCCGGAAAAUCUCCGCCGAGUAAUUUAAAUCUGGAGGAUUGGCUUCACACUUCUCCCCCUUCCGACAUUUACGUUCUUGGCUUCCAAGAGAUCGUUCCUUUGAACGCCGGCAACGUCUUAGGCACUGAGGACAACGGCCCCGCCAAGAAAUGGGUCUCUCUCAUCAGACGCACCUUAAACACUCUCCCCCUCGGUACCUGCCCUACUCCUUCCCCUGUUCCCCACCCGGUCGCCGAGCUCCACUCUGACUUCGAAGCUGCUGCUAACUCCUCCCUCUACCACCGCACCAGGAGCCUUAGGAUGGACACGUCUGCUUCAUCCCUGCACCUUCACCGUAGGUUCAGCGUCUGUGACCGUUUCAUGCCUGACGAUUUCUACGACCAGAGCUUCAGGUAUUGCUCCUCUGACGACGACGACGACGACGAGCCAGAUUUUCCUUCUCAUCAUUGUCACUAUUCCCCUGUCUCGAGGACUGGGUCCUUUGUAGCAGACGAGAGGGACAAGGGAAGAGACAAGUCCAAGUAUUGUUUAGUCGCCAGUAAGCAGAUGGUUGGGAUCUUCUUGACCGUUUGGGUCAAGACUGAUCUAAGGGACAGUGUCCAGAACCUCAAAGUGUCUUGUGUUGGGAGAGGCUUGAUGGGUUAUCUUGGAAACAAGGGCUCGAUUUCGAUAAGCAUGUCCGUUCACCAGACGAGCUUCUGCUUUGUCUGCAGCCACUUGACAUCUGGCCAGAAAGAAGGCGACGAGCUGAGAAGAAACUCUGAUGUUUUGGAGAUUCUAAGGAAAACCAGAUUCCCUAGAGUGAACAACGCAGGGGACGACAAGUCUGAACCCCAGACGGUUUUAGAACACGAUCGGGUAAUCUGGCUUGGAGACCUGAACUACCGUAUAGCUCUUUCUUACCGGUCUGCAAAAGCCCUUGUCGAGAUGAGAAAUUGGAGAGCCUUGCUUGAGAAAGACCAGCUACGGAUAGAACAACGAAAAGGUUGUGUCUUUGAAGGCUGGAACGAAGGGACUAUCUAUUUUCCUCCCACUUACAAAUACUCUAACAACUCAGAUAUAUACGCGGGAGAUGAUCGGCUUCCCAAGGCCAAGAGACGGACUCCAGCUUGGUGUGAUCGCAUACUCUGGUACGGGAGUGGUCUUCAUCAGCUGUCAUACGUUCGAGGGGAAUCAAGAUUCUCGGAUCACAGACCAGUCUACAGUUUGUUCUCUGUAGAGAUUGAGUCGGUAUGUAGAAACCGUAUAAAGAAAAGCUCCAGUUACACCAGCUCUAGGAUCGAAGUUGAGGAACUUCUUCCUCAGCGGUAUGGAUAUAACCCGUACUGAUUCAUCAUCAUCGGUCCUAAAUCCGUUUGAAGACAGAUCCCCGAAGGAGGUCUCAAAUUAAUGUUUCUAAAGCCAGAACCAAAACAAAAAAUAAUUGUAGUCGGAGGUUUGUGGUGGACUUUUGACAUGCAGAGAGUCAUGGAACAAAACGCAGAUCUUCUUGGUCAAGAUCUCUGUUUCUCGGGUUAGAACAGGACAAGAUUCGAGUGCCAAAAAACCAAAAAGAGAGGAAUAAGAGAGUAGUAAUAAGGUCUAUAGGUAUUCAGCAGAUCAAAUACAUAUAUAUAUAUAUAUAUAUAUAUAUAUAUAUAUAUCUUUAGGAUUAUAGAGAAUUGACCAGUCAUUAGCUUCUUUUCAGACCACUAGUUUUCUUCUCUAGAUAGACGACACACUAGUAGUGUAGGAUUCGUCAAACUUGUGCAUAAUGAAUUAUAUAUGUGUAUGCUUGGGGAUGUAAAUUGUAAAAUGGAUUCUUUGUAAGGACCAAUGGGUUUAAGAAGAUUUGGAAAGUGCA